GGGUGGUAUGCAAAUAGGGACUGGCUCCGAUUGGCUGGGGGACAGCAGGUGCCUCGUCCGGAUUGAUCAAAGCCAAGUAGGCGGGGCUGUCGCCCGGGGCGACUCUCUCGGGAGGCGCGUGCCCCGGCUCAGUAGCGUUGGGGCUGGCGCGCGCGGCGAAUCUUAACAUUGCGCCGUUUGCAGGCGCUUCUGGGCCACCAGUUUCCCUACCUUCCACCCUGGCGCCCCCCAGUCCUGGCUCCCCGGCCUCGCUGCCCCGGGCGUCCACGCCCUGCGGGCUCAGCGGGCUCAGCGGGCUCAAUCUGCGCAGCGCCUCCUCCAUGUUGACCAAGCCUCUGCAGGGGCUCCCGGUGGCCCCCGUGACCCCCACGACGCCGCCAGGAGGCAAGGAUCGGGAAGCGUUCGAGGCCGAGUACCGACUCGGCCCCCUCCUGGGUAAGGGCGGCUUUGGCACCGUCUUCGCAGGACAUCGCGUCACAGAUCGACUCCAGGUGGCCAUCAAAGUGAUUCCCCGGAAUCGUGUGCUGGGCUGGUCCCCCUUGUCAGACUCAGUCACAUGCCCACUAGAAGUGGCCCUGCUGUGGAAGGUGGGUGCAGGUGGUGGACACCCUGGUGUGAUUCGCCUGCUUGACUGGUUUGAGACACCAGAGGGCUUCAUGUUGGUCCUUGAGCGGCCUUUGCCCGCCCAGGAUCUCUUUGACUACAUCACAGAGCAGGGCCCGUUGGGUGAAGGCCGAAGCCGCUGCCUCUUUGCCCAGGUAGUGGCAGCCGUUCGGCACUGCCACGCCCGUGGAGUUGUCCAUCGUGACAUCAAGGACGAGAACAUCCUGAUGGACCUCCGCCGGGGCUGUGCCAAACUCAUCGAUUUUGGUUCUGGUGCCCUGCUUCACGAUGAACCCUACACUGACUUUGAUGGGACAAGGGUGUACAGCCCCCCGGAGUGGAUCUCUCAUCACCAGUACCACGCGCUCCCAGCCACUGUCUGGUCACUCGGUAUCCUCCUCUAUGACAUGGUGUGUGGGGACAUUCCCUUCGAGAGGGACCAGGAGAUUCUGGAGGCUGAGCUCCACUUCCCUGCCCAUGUCUCCCCAGACUGCUGUGCCCUAAUCCGCCGGUGCCUGGCCCCCAAGCCCUCUGCCCGACCCUCACUGGAGGAGAUCCUGCUGGACCCCUGGAUGCAGACACCAGCCGAGGAUGCACCCCUCAAUGCCCCCAAAGGAGGUCCCACCCCUUUGGCCUGGUCCCUGCUGCCCUAGUCCUGGCCAGGCCCCCACUAGUUGGAAUAGCCAUCCCACGGCCAUGCCACAGGGAUAGAUGGACAUAUGUUGAUCUGGUUUUACAGGUCACUAAAAAUUCAGUGUUACUAGGGUCAGAGAUUGGGGAUCAAAGGUCAGAAGACAUAAGCCAGGUCUGCCCAGUCCCCAUCCCAAUCCUGCUAAGGAGCCUUCCUCCCAGAAUUUAUGGUUUCUUAUUCUGGAGAGGGGACUUCCUUCCUUCUCAUUUUGCUAAGGGUGUUUAUUUGGUUGAAGUUACUUUUGUUCUGAGCCCCAGGACACUUAUUCUGAUGAGUUGUAACCCCUAUACUGGCACCUCCUGCCACCACCACACAAACUUAGUUGAAAUGCUCUCACUUGGGCAAGGGUGCUUUCCUUCCAAUACCCUAGCAGCUCUUAUUAGCAAAGGGACCCUUUCCCCAAGCCCAGGGUCUCAUAUUCAGUGAAGCUGCUUGCCUACCUCAGCCCAGGGUUGCUUAUUCUGGGGGAGGUAAUGCCCUAUUGUUAUCCUGGGGUUAUUAGUGGUUUUUUUUCUUUUUCUUUUUUUUGGUGAGGGGACCCUACUCUGUUAUCCCAAGUGCUCUUAUUCUGGUGAAGAGAACCCUACUUCCAUGAUUUGGGAAGAAAUGGGAGAUGGACACCACCAGAGUCCACUAGGAUGGGGUGGAUGGUUUUUUGAGGGAUGGGGUGGGGGAAAUAAGUCUUGUUGUUUGUUCUCCUGGGGCCCUCCCUCUCCACCUUUUUCAAUUCUUGCUGCCUCCUUCUGAGCCAGGAUUGUCCAGUUGCUGAAAUGUAAAUACUUAUGUAUUAGGCGGAGGGGAGCUCCAACUGUGUCCUCCUCUCCCUUCUCCCUCUGCCUGGGUUAUUUAAAAAGCCAUGUGUGGAAACUCACUAUUUAAUAAAUGUAAUAGAAUCAGAAGCGACUGGCCAUUUGUAGAUGCAGCAAGGAAACCCACUAUUUAAUAAACGUAAUAGAAUCACAA